GAGGAGGAGGAAGAAGAAAGAGGAAGAAGAAGGGACAGAGAGGAGGGAUUUACACUCAGAGAAGUUUGACACGAAUACACAACGCAGGCUGUGCCGGGAAUAAUACACACAAGCGUGCGGGCCAGUGCGGGAUAAGUGAGUGUGGGCUUGGCACGGCUGCAGUUGAGGUGUGCCAGCAGCCUGGACUUUGAAGUUUUUUUUAUUUAUUUCUGGGAUCAGCAUCAAAGCUCCGGAGCUGAUCAGUCGCCUCCACCGCAGCAGCAGCAGCAGCAGCAGCGGCGGGCAGCUCAUGCAUGCACGGGAACGGACUGGUUUAGUUGUCCGGUGCAGGGAGUUUGGCCCCGGCAGGUCGCAGCGGCUGAAAGCGACAUUUAUACUUUCUUUAACCAGCCGUGUGUCGCCGCCGCGGUCAGCCUGCGCGGUGCACGCCGGGGCAGGGAGCGUCUCUGACGGGCAACUACAGCAAGGAGAGUCGGUAACAGUCGGAGCUCACCGGAGCUUCUCUCUGGCUCCUGCUCGCUUUCUUUCAUAUUAGUUUGAACCGGGACUCCCGUGUGUUUAUUCGCCGGUUUCCCCCGGAGACUCGCUGGUGUUAUUUUGGUUGGACGUGUCAGUUUUCCCCUGACAGGGACUUUGUUUGUCGGAGGGGAACUUGGUGUCGUCGUGGAGGGAUUUUCUUCAGCCCCGGACUUGGAGCGGUGACAGCGGGGUUUAACUGGCGGAAUAAUCAAUAAAAACAACCGUCUGGUGUGGGGAAGUGUAUGUGGCUAACACGGAACUAGCUCCAGUACCGAGCCGAGCCAGACCCGACCAUGCCAGUCAGAAAGAAAGACGCACAGCGAGCUCUGCUGCUGCUGGAGGAGUACCGGGCCAAGCUGAACCACACCGAGGACCGGCAGCUCCGACACUCCAUCCAGAGGGUCAUCGACAUCUUCCAGAGCAACCUCUUCCAGGCUCUCAUAGAUAUCCAGGAAUUUUAUGAAGUGACCUUAUUGGACAGUCAGCGAUGGACGGAGUCUUCCAAGGGGGCGGACCCCAUGACGCCCAUCAACCUGUGGGACUUCUCCAGCCUUCAAAGCACAACGGUGACCUCGGACACUCUGCCCAGCCUUAGCACCAGCAUCGAGGACUCCCCCCUCCUAAACGAAAUCCUGCACACGUUGGCGCAGGCCAAACGCUCGCCCGGCCAUGACGCACAAAAGUACAGGCACCACGAUGAGGACUCGUCCCCCCAGGACCAGAGCUCCCCCCAGCUGACGGAGGAGGCGGGGGGGCCGGAGCUGGUCCAGGUCGCGGAGAAGAACCUUUCCCAGAUCGAGAAUGUGCACGGAUACGUCACCCACGCUCACAUCUCACCUAUGAAGGUAGCGUCUCUGGAGUGCAUCUUUGACGGCUCUGCAGCGUUAGGACAGCAUCACCCGGAGCUCCCCUCCCCUACGUCCUCCACCCUCUACCCCCACGGAGAGGACAGCCCCGUCCCCUCCUGCUCCUCCAACCCCUACCCCCCGAUCCAGCAGGCCGAAGCCGCCCCGCCUUCCUCUCCCAUAAUCCCUGUGAUCCCAAUCUCGCCAAUCCCAGCCGAGACCACCGUCAUCCCUCCGACGUCACAGGCCAAUCCUCCCCCUGUGGUGGUCAACACCGACAGCCUGGACACGCCUCCAUACGUGAACGGGACGGAGGCCGACUAUGAGUACGAGGAGAUCACACUGGAGAGGGGAAACUCGGGGCUGGGCUUCAGCAUUGCCGGCGGCACAGACAACCCCCACAUCGGUGAAGACCCCAGCAUCUUCAUCACCAAAGUCAUACCUGGAGGAGCCGCCGCCCAGGACGGACGUCUCAGGGUGAACGACGUCAUCCUGAGAGUUAACGAGGUGGACGUUCGAGACGUGACCCACAGCCGAGCCGUGGAGGCUCUGAAGGAGGCGGGCUCUCUGGUGCGACUCUACGUCCGCAGGAGGAAACCCGUCUCUGAGAAAGUGAUGGAGAUCAAACUGGUGAAAGGACCCAAAGGUCUCGGCUUCAGUAUAGCAGGCGGAGUGGGGAACCAGCACAUCCCGGGCGACAACAGCAUCUACGUCACCAAGAUCAUCGAAGGCGGAGCGGCACAUAAAGACGGGAGGCUGCAGAUCGGAGACAAACUGCUGGCUGUGAACAGUGCUUGCCUGGAGGAGGUGAGCCACGAACACGCCGUCACUGCCUUGAAAAACACUCCUGACGUGGUCUACUUGAAAGUGGCCAAACCCAACAGUGUCUUCAUGAACGACAGCUUCGCCCCGCCCGACCUCACCAACUCGUACUCCCAGCACAUGGAGAACCAUAUCAGCACCCCCAACUUCCUCGGUCAGACCCUGCCCCCGCCAGCAUCCUCAGGACGCUACUCCCCGCCCCCGAAGAGCAUGCUGGGAGACGACGAUGUCACCCGGGAGCCCAGGAAGGUGGUGCUGCACCGAGGAGCGACGGGACUGGGCUUCAACAUCGUGGGCGGGGAGGACGGAGAGGGGAUCUUCAUCUCCUUCAUCCUCGCGGGAGGACCAGCCGACCUCUGUGGAGAGCUGAGGAAAGGAGACAGACUCGUCUCAGUGAACGGGGUGGACCUACGAAACGCCACACACGAACAGGCCGCCGCCGCCCUGAAGAACGCGGGGCAGACCGUGACCAUCAUCGCCCACUACAGACCAGAGGAGUACAGUCGCUUCGAGGCGAAGAUCCACGACCUGAGAGAGCAGAUGAUGAACAGCAGCAUCAGUUCUGGAUCCGGAUCUCUGAGGACGAGUCAGAAGAGGUCGCUAUACGUCAGAGCUCUGUUCGACUACGAUAAGACCAGAGACUCAGGUCUGCCCAGUCAGGGACUCAACUUCAAGUUCGGAGACAUCAUCCAUGUGGUGAACGCCUCCGACGACGAGUGGUGGCAGGCCAGACAGCUGACGGCACAGGGGGAGGUGGAGGAGGUGGGGGUCAUCCCCAGCAAGAGACGGGUUGAGAAGAAGGAGAGAGCGAGAUUAAAGACGGUGAAGUUCAACGCCAAGUCUCGAGACAGAGGGCAGUCUCUCAAUGACAAGCGUAAAAAGAACCUCUUUUCCCGAAAGUUUCCGUUCUACAAGAGCAAAGAGGCGAGCGAGCAGGAGACCAGCGAUGUCGACCAACACGUGACCUCUAACGCCAGCGAUAGUGAGAGUAGCUACCGUGGACAGGAGGAGUAUGUUUUGUCGUAUGAACCGGUCGUUCAGCAGGAAGUGAACUACACCCGUCCCGUCAUCAUCCUCGGCCCCAUGAAGGAUCGGAUCAACGACGACCUGAUCUCCGAGUUCCCCGACAAGUUCGGAUCCUGCGUCCCUCACACGACCCGGCCGAAGCGGGACUACGAGGUGGACGGCAGAGAUUAUCACUUCGUGGUGUCCAGGGAGCAGAUGGAGAAAGACAUCCAGGACCACAAGUUCAUCGAGGCGGGACAGUACAACAACCACCUGUACGGAACCAGCGUGCAGUCGGUCCGAGAGGUGGCCGAGAAGGGUAAACACUGUAUCCUGGACGUGUCGGGAAACGCCAUCAAGAGACUCCAGCUGGCUCAGCUCCACCCCAUCGCCAUCUUCAUCAAACCCAAAUCUGUGGAGAACAUCAUGGAGAUGAACAAGCGUCUGACGGAGGAGCAGGGAAGGAAAACCUUCGACAGAGCCACCAAGCUGGAGCAGGAGUUCACCGAGCAUUUCACAGCCAUCGUGCAGGGCGACACUCUGGAGGAGAUCUACGAGCAGGUGAAGCAGAUCAUCGAGGAGCAGUCGGGUCCGUUCAUCUGGGUCCAGUCCAAGGAGAAGUUAUGAAGCUGGAACGCUCCGUCGCUCCUCUCCUCCUCCUCCUCCUCCUCCUCUUCCUCUCUUUAGAUUCAGUUUGUUUUAUUUUGAAAAGAAAAGUCGACCUGCAGACAGCAGCCCCCCCUGCCCCUCCCCCUCCUGAUCACCUGAUCACCUGACACAGCGGCCGACCGGAGCGUCGUUUCACUGAAUCAGACUCCUGACCAGCAGAGUAAAGCACACAGGAAGUAUGAUGACAUCACACUCAACACGGUACAGCUCCUUAAUGUUUAAGGGAGGAGAAGUUGAGAGGAGGAGAAGAAGAGGAGGAGGAGUCCAUGAAGAAGAAGAGUACGAAGCAGAUUUUCUCUUUUGGUUUUUGUUUGUGGGUUUUUUUCCCUGGUUUCGGUCUCGUGAGGUUUUUGACGGACGGAGUUUCUCAGGCGCCGUCUGUCGUUCGCAGGAAGGCGGAGACACAAAAAGCAAAACUUUGCACGUUUGAGCUUUAACAGCAUGUCAGUAAAUCCCCCGUUUUUUUCCCAUCAGCCCCUUCACCUCAGCGUCUGACGUCACAGCUUUUCUCCUUUGUUCUGCGUUCAUUUCAUCUUUUUUCUUUCUUUCUUUCCUUCAUUUUUUUUUUACACUUCAAUCGUUCACGUUUAGUUUGAUUUCUCGCUCCUCACAGCUGCUGGAUGUUUGUCCGGACGCUCUGCAGGGUUCCCGCUCCGCCGCUGGAGGGCGCCGCCGCUUCUUACACUUCGGUUCCUGAAGCAACAAUCAGUUUAUUAAGUUUGAUUUUAAAAUCGUUCCCCAAACUCCAGAUCUGUUUUCAGUUAAUGAUUCUGUUUUUAUGUCAGAACAUUUUUGCAUUUUAAACAUUUAGCUUCACCCUGUAUGAUGAGGUCAAAGGUCACUGAGGAACAUAAAAACCUGAUACAAGAAAAGUCAAUAUAAGAUAAUUAUUCAUAAUAAUAAUGAAUAGUUGUUAUAGAAAAUUCAUAACUGACAUAAUUUUAGAAAACUCUCAUAAUUAAAUUAAAACACAUCUUCAAUUAUUCUUUAUCUCAUUAUUAUUAAAAUCUUAAUUACAAGAAACAAAAAUUCAGAAUUAAAGGAAAACGGCAAAAUUACAAGGAAAUAAUUGAGAUAAUAAAAAAUGUUAUUAUUAAUUAUGAGACAAUAAUGUUAAUAAUCCAUUAGAUUAAAAUGACCAGAUCUUUAUUUCAUAAUCACCUAAUGAAAUCUCACAUCUCCUAAUGAUCAUAAUUACAUCAGCUUCCUAAUAUCAGAGAAACUUAUUUUAUGUGAUAACUCUCACUCCGCUUUCUUGUUUUAAUAAAAUGACACUUAAAAAAUUACAAACAGAAAAAUACAGAAAAUGCAAAGUAUUUUUUUACAGUGUAAUCGAUCGACUGAUUUUAAACUUUGAUUAAAUUCCCGUUGAUGUUGAAACAUUUCAGAUUCCUGAUUUUUACUGUGUUGGGGGGGGUCGUCUCGUUUUGGAGCGGCGCCCUCUGUGACACGAGUUUGAACCCCGCAGUCGCCGCGGUCGACGUCCGUCAGCGUCGUCAGUGUCUUACCAUGGCAACGAUGUCGAUCAUGUAGGUGUGUGUGGGUGGACCUGGAGACGAGCUGCCACAUCCAGGUGUCCGCUGGUGUGUCCGAAACACGCAGACGAUUCUUGUACAAUGAGAUUUUGACGGAUAUUUAACCCUGGGUAAACUGCCUAUUUUGUUAUAAUAAAAGUCUAUAUUGAACUUUACUUAAGCACUACUACUACGGGAAUUAUUUUCUUUGCAUUGUUAAUCAUAUAUGAAUAGAAAAGUAUAAAGAUAUUUGAAUAUGAAUAUAUAUUUUUUCUUUUUCUUUGAUCACCACCUCCUCUGUCUUUUAAUUUUCUUUUUUAAGCAUAAUAAAAACUUAACAAGAAAACAGAA